CCUGAGCAGUUUGUCAACCUCGGAAUCGAACCUCCCAAGGGAAUGCUUUUGUUCGGCCCACCUGGCACGGGUAAAACGCUUUGCGCGCGAGCGGUUGCUAACCGAACGGAUGCUUGUUUCAUCCGUGUUAUUGGUUCUGAACUGGUUCAGAAGUACGUUGGUGAAGGUGCUCGCAUGGUGCGAGAGUUAUUUGAAUUGGCCCGUAGCAAAAAAGCGUGUAUCAUAUUCUUUGACGAAAUAGACGCUGUCGGAGGCGCACGUUUCGAUGAUGGAGCUGGCAGUGAUAAUGAAGUUCAGCGUACUAUGUUGGAACUUAUCAACCAGUUGGAUGGAUUCGAUCCGCGCGGAAAUAUCAAAGUAAGUGACCGGACACCAGCUUUGCAUCGUCCUAUUGACAUGUGUGAUUUUAAAGAGCAUCAGCCUGUCACAUAA